AACAGAUGGCCAAUUGAUUAUUAAGUACAGCAAACGCCCUUCGCACCACGGCCUUAUGUAGAAAGUCUUGCGAUUYGCUUUUGGUAUGCCCCACCACACCSCACAACCACCCACAUAUAUCCAUAUAGUCCGGCAGAUGGCAGAAUUAUAAAAACGCCCAACACCUGACAAUCGGACAUCAAAGCUUUGUUAGCCCUCAAGCCAACCACCCAACCACCAGCCACCACCCAAACAAAAUGUUCGCCAAGAUUAUGCUCGUUGCUCUCGCCUGCGUGGCUGGCGCCCAGGCGGGUCUGCUGCCCCUGGCCGCUGCACCUGCACCACUCGCUGCCGCUGGCAUCGUGGCGCCCUAUGCCUCCAGCUUCAAUGCCCACCGGAUUAACCACGCCGUUGCCUACCCUGUAGCACCAGCACCCGUUGCGCCCGUGGCUCUGGCUGCUCCAGCCCCAGCUCCAGUGACUUUCGCCGCACCACCCAAGGUUGCGUUUGCUGCUCCUGCUCUGGCCCCAGCGCCUGCCUUUGCUGCUCCUGCUCUGGCCCCAGCGCCUGCCUUUGCCGCACCUGCCCUCGCACCUGCUCCUCUGGCCGCUCCUCUGGCCGCUCCUCUGGCUGCGCCUCUGGGUGCCCCCAUCGGCUUUGCCGCGCCCGCUCGCUUUGGACUGCCAGCUGCGUUUCCCUUCGCCGCACCCAGAUUUCCAGCACCCGCUCCCUACUUCAUCUAG